UCCAUCCUUCUUCUCUCAUUGCAGAUAUUCUCUCAUUUCUCUUUUCAGCUGAAAUUGAGGAGGGUAUAGUCAGAUUGGAGAGGGGAUUUUGAGAUUUCAGAGGGAAAGGAGAAAUGUCUGAUGAAGAACAUCACUUUGAAUCGAAAGCUGACGCUGGAGCGUCGAAAACAUACCCGCAGCAGGCAGGAACUAUAAGGAAGAACGGGUAUAUAGUCAUUAAGGCCAGGCCUUGCAAGGUGGUUGAAGUUUCCACCUCUAAGACUGGCAAGCACGGUCACGCGAAGUGUCACUUUGUUGGGAUUGAUAUAUUCAAUGGCAAGAAGCUUGAAGAUAUUGUUCCUUCCUCCCAUAACUGUGAUGUUCCCCAUGUUAAUCGUACUGAUUACCAACUGAUUGAUAUCUCUGAGGACGGCUUUGUGAGCCUUCUGACUGAAAAUGGCAACACCAAGGAUGAUCUGAGGCUUCCCACAGAUGACAGUCUGCUCAGCCAGAUCAAAGAUGGAUUUGGUGAAGGGAAGGAUCUGGUGGUGACAGUCAUGUCUGCGAUGGGAGAAGAGCAGAUCUGUGCUCUGAAGGACAUCGGCCCCAAGUAAAUGGGCCCUCGUAUGUGCAAUACCAUCAACAGCCUAUAGCUAUUAUAAUAUGGUAAAUCUUACUCUGAUAUAGCAUAGGCGGGAUUUGCGUUUGGACGUCCUCUCUUUGCAUGGGUACUAUAUACGAAGAACUAUUAAGACUAUCUCCGUAGUUGCAUGAUUUCCAAUAUUUUUGGGUUUUUUUUUUAAAUAUAUGGAAAAAAAGGACCUGUGAUCUCUCCUCAAUGCGUUGCAUGCAUGGGAGGGAUUUUGGUGGGGACAUAACACCGUGGAUUGAGUCUCUCCUUGAAUCUCUGACUGAAAGGGUUACAUCAUCUCUCUCCUCUCUCUAUGUUAUAUAUUCUUUCGAGGAUUUUCUUACUAUUAGAUUCUAUUGCAUGUAGUCAA